AUGGGCGUGGCUUAUGCUAUGGGCGGUAACUGGAGACGUUUUGGGAUCUCAGGCGAGGCCGGGCUGCGGGAGACGCGGUUCUGCGUGGCUCCCGCUGCUCGCGCGCCUGGGGGUCGGCAGGAGCAGCGCGGCCGCAGGCCUAUGGCGCCGGCAGCGGCCCUGUCGGCAGCAGCGGCGGCGGCGGCCCUCUCGGGCCUGGCAGUGCGACUGUCGCGCUCGGUGGCGGUCCGCGGCUCUUACAGCGCCUUCUGUAAGGGGCUCACGCGCACGCUGCUCACCUUCUUCGACCUGGCCUGGCGGCUGCGCAUGAACUUCCCCUGCUUCUACGUGGUGGCCUCGGUGAUGUUCAAUGUGCGCCUGCAGGUGCGCAUCGACAAGCCCGCUGUUCUCCGAGAAACCGGCGCGCCCACGGGGCUGGGCCGGACCCCACAGGCCCCUUCCAAGGCCUCCGAACCCCCCCUGCAGCUGGACAGCCACUGUGAGCGUGGGGGUGGGGGAGGAGGCCGAGAGUGUGGAGGUGGUGCCGUGCCCUUUCUCAGCCUGAUCAAGACACAAUCACUGCAGGGUCCCCUGCGCAGAGCCGGCCUGAGGAGCAGCGCCCAGCCAACACCUGACAGGCUCAGCUCCCACCUUCUGAACACGCUGCAGCAUCUUCUCAAGAUGGGCUUGUCCUGGUCCUGGAGGCCCUGGGCAUGCUGCUACCUGACGUGCCAGACGGCCCCGAGGGAGCCGGGGUCCAAUCCUGGGCCCCCCACUCCCGCCCAUGUCUCUGGUGCUGGUUGUGAGAAGCCCAAGUGCCCAGAGGCCCUGGUCCUGGAGACGGUAGCCGCCUGGGCGGCCCAGGCCCCGCCAGGCCCCAUCUCCUCAACGUCCCUCCUCAGAUACCUGGAGGAGGACCUCCGCUUGUCUCAGUACAACCAGUGA